AUGAAGAUCCAGUAUAUAGUUACUGCUACUGCGCUUGUUGCAGUCACCGCGGCUAAGCCGCACCACUUGCACCGUCGCGUCCACGCCCAUGGUCCGGCCAAGCGUGGCACUAUCUUCGUACCUGCGGCAGUGGAGACAGAGAUCGUGUACUGGCUCGAUGAUCACGAGAUAUCAGAGGAAGAAGUCAACCAGGGUAUUACCAACGGCACUUUGAUGUGGGGAAACGAUGGUGUUUUGUCGACAUCAACUAGCAGUCCUGUUGCAUUGCCUACUCCGCCUCCAGCCUCCGAUCAUGAGAUUCAGGUUCCCAAGCCAACACCAGGACCUACUCCCGAGAAGCCUGUGGACGAGCUCAAGCCUGUCGCACCCGAACCUCAGAAGCCUGCACCACCAGAGACGCCACCCAUCAACCCUGCACCAAGCCCUUCCCAGGAUACGCCGCCUGUACAGCAGUCGGGCGCUUCGUUGAGGCCCUGGGCAGACAUGGUCGAUAAUGAUGGUCACUGUGCGGAGUGCGACAGGAAAUUCCCGGACGGCACGAUCCUUUGUACAGAGUUCCCUUACGGCUAUGGCGCUUUACCUACAGCUCAAGAAGGCUUGGGAGGCUGGUCGGGUAUCCAAGAUCCCCAAUAUGCCGGAGCAGAUGGCUUCGAUGACAUUACUACCGUCCCAAAGGGGUCGUGUUCAGACGGCACUUGCUGCACGACUGGUAGCUUCUGUUCCUAUGGUUGCCCUAACCCCUACCUCAAAGCUUCAUUCCCCUCUAUCCAAGGUAGAACAGGUCAGAGCGUCGGUGGCUUGUAUUGCAACAAAGACGGGUUUCUGGAGAUGGCCGACGGCAAAAUCGCAGACACGCUAUGCGUGCAAGGAUCACAGCAUAUGGGCGUGAAGGUGCAAAACAAGCUGUCAAAAUCCGUCUCUUUCUGCCGCACAGAUUAUCCAGGCACUGAGUCCAUGACUUUCCCAGUCACUGUCGGCCCUGGAGAGACUGGCUUCCUAGCCAACCCUGAUCAGCAGAAAUACUUUUUCUGGCAAGGUAAGAAAACAUCGGCUCAGUACUACGUCAAUAAACAGGGUGUACCAGAAAGUGAGGCUUGCACUUGGGGUACACCGAUGGGGGGUAAGGGUAACUGGGCACCCGCAGUCUUCGGAACAUCCUUCGACGAUGGUCCAGCGAACGAGGGCUUCUCCAGCAUAAAGCAGAACGAACUAUGCAAGCAAGAGCGACUCGGUUACGAUAUCACUUUCGUUGGUGAUGGUGUUGUCUCUCCUUGCAGGUACAAGAGCGCGACAAACCAGUGGUGUGAAGGCGACACAUGUUGGGAAGACCCGGAUCGGGGCUGCACUGUAUGCCCUACUGUAGUGUGA